AUGGAGAAGAACUACUGGACCAUGUACUUCGAUGGCUCCAGUACCAAGACCAUGUCUGGGGCCGGAGUCGUGAUCGAGUCCCCUCAAGGACAAAGGUGGCAGUUUGCAUUCCAGCUUGAUUUCAAAUGCACCAAUAAUCAGACCGAAUACGAAGCACUUAUUAUCGGUCUCGGAAUUCUGAAAGAAAUGAAGGCAACCCGUGUCUUGGUCUACGGUGAUUCUCAGCUAGUAAUUAACCAACUGACCAGGGAAUACCAAUGCACAAGCGAGAAUUUAACUAUGUAUUACGUAACGGCCCUCAAUACGGCCGAUGAGUUUUCUAGAAUCUCCUUUGUUCAUGUGCCGCGCGCUGAAAACCAUGAGGCCAAUGAGAUGGCCCAGGUAGCGUCGGGCAUGCACAUUCCGGAUGGCUACCACGGCCACGUGAGAUGCACCAAUAAUCAGACCGAAUACGAAGCACUUAUUAUCAGUCUCGGAAUUCUGAAAGAAAUGAAGGCAACCCGUGUCUUGGUCUACGGUGAUUCUCAGCUAGUAAUUAACCAACUGACCAGGGAAUACCAAUGCACAAGCGAGAAUUUAACUAUGUAUUACGUAACGGCCCUCAAUACGGCCGAUGAGUUUUCUAGAAUCUCCUUUGUUCAUGUGCCGCGCGCUGAAAACCAUGAGGCCAAUGAGAUGGCCCAGGUAGCGUCGGGCAUGCACAUUCCGGACGGCUACCACGGCCACGUGAUAAGAAUCGAGAGGCGUACCUUGCCGGCUUUGGCCGAACGAGGAAUGACAACGCAAAUGUCAUCGCCCGAAAUCACCGACAAAGUCAACACGGUCGAAGCAGACUGGCGCUACCCAAUAGUGAAGUAUCUGUGCGACCCCUCCGGUGACCAUGAAAGGACUACGCGCUUCUGGGCUCGGUGUUAUUUGAUCUAUCAGAACGAACUGUAUCGAAAGGGGUCAGACGGCCUAUUACUCCUAUGUCCUAAUACCGAAGACGUUCAGGUAAUUAUGGCUGAGUCUCAGGAAGGGAUUUGUAGCGCCCAUCAGUCCGGCAUCAAGAUGAGAUGGUUGGUUCGAAGGCACGGCUACUACUGGCCGACUAUCUUAAAAGAUUGCAUAGAAUAUGCAAGGGGGUGCGUCAAAUGUCAAAUCUACGACCCCAUACAAAGGGUACCGGCCGAAGCCCUUCACCCGAUCACCAAACCAUGGCCGUUCAGAGGAUGGGCCGUGGACAUCAUUGGCAAAAUCUAUCCGGCCGCGUCCAACCAACACGCAUGGAUUUUGGUGGCAACCGACUAUUUUAAUAAAUGGGUCGUGGCCGAGUCCUAUCGGUCAAUUUCUAGCGCACAAGUGGUCAAAUUCUUUGAAAAUCACAUCGUCCACAGAUUCGGUAUACUCGAGACUAUCACGGCCGAUAACGGCCUAGUUUUCGCAUCGGCCGAGACUCGGGAGUACACCGAAAGGAUGGGGAUCAAAUUAGUUCACUCAACACCUUACUACCCCCAGUCUAACGAACAGGCCGAGGCGAGCAACAAGUUAAAGGUUCAGUCUCUCCGUGUGACCGAGCGGCCUAGGCCAGAAAGGAAGGACUACGCGCAAGCCAUGGCUCAGGAGUUAGAAGAUUUGGAGCAGUCCAGACUCGAUGCUUAUAACUUGAUGCAAGCACAAAAGAAGAUUACGGCGAGGGCCUACAACAGAAAGGUCAAGCAAAAAACUUUCGCCGAAGGCGACUUGGUAUGGCGAGCCGUGCUUCCUAAUGGGACAAAAGACCCUCUGCUUCCUAAUGGGACUAAAGACCCUCGGUUCGGUAAAUUCUCAUCCAACUGGGAGGGGCCGUUUAUUAUCGAACGAAUUCUCGGCCGAGGUGCAUUUCAGUUGAUAGAUAGGGAUGGAGAACGACACAACUUGCCAAUAAACGGCCAGUACUUAAAGAAAUAUACCCCAUCAUUAUGGGAGACGGCCGAGAUAUAG